AUGGCUCGCACGUGGCGACGAGAGCAUAAGAGGGGCGCCGUGGCAGAACGCGUAUUGACCGGGGAGGAGCAAGGGGGGCCGGGGAGGUUUUCGGGCUCGCUGGGUGCCCCGAUCGUCAAAGUCACUGCCUUCGCCGUACACCAUCCUAGCAGCGUCGCCCGAUCCAAGCAUCGUGCCGUGCUGACUUCCGUCGUCCCUGGCUCGGCGAGACCCGAGGCCAAUCUCGAGAUCGGGCGGGGCGAAACAGGGACUUCCGCCCCCGUGUCGCGGGGAGAGACAGAGUGGAUGAAAAUGGUGAUAGCGGCUGCCGAUCGCGUCGCGCACGGCGCAAACACAGCGCCAUCUUACUCGUACGCAGGUGCCACUCUCACGCCUCCGGGGGACCGUCAGGCCGUCGGGUUCGGUCUCGGGCCGCUCUCGCCCGGGGAAUGGACCACGAGGGACCAACAGGUGCCGAACCAAUGGCAGGGUUCACGUGAGACUUAA